CAUAAUGCUAACAAGAGAGUCCAGUAUCCAACAAAAGGUUAACAUUCACUGCUGCUCAGUUUGUGAAGAGAGUUUUAUGAACCAGAGCAUGCUCCAAACACACCUGUGUAUUUCCCAGUCUGAUCAUCUCCAGGAUGACCAAAGCAUUCGCCAUGGAGAAAAAACGUAUUACUGCACACAGUGUGGAAAGAGCUUCCGUCAACAGAAUAAUCUCUGGCAACACCAGCGGAUUCACACAGGAGAGAAGCCGUAUUGCUGCUCGCAGUGUGGAAAGAGCUUCAGUAGACGGUACACUCUGAAACAACACCAGCGCAUUCACACUGGAGAAAAACCGUAUCACUGUUUACAGUGUGGAAAGAGCUUCCAUAAUAAGGAUUAUCUCCGGCAACACAUGCGCAUUCACACCAGAGAGAAACUAUAUCACUGCUCACAGUGUGGAAGCAAAUUUACACAAAAAAGUAAUCUCAAAGCACACAAGCGCAUUCACACUGGAGAGAAGCCGUAUUACUGCUCACAGUGCGGAAAAGAAUUUACUCAAAAAAGUAACCUUAAAGCACACCAGCGCAUUCACACUGGAGAGAAGCCAUUUUACUGCUCACAGUGUGGAAAGAGCUUCAGUCAACAGUACACUUUGAAAGAACACCAGCGGAUUCACAAUGGAGAGAAGCCGUUUGUCUGCAUAGAGUGUGGAAAAAGAUUUAGUCACGCAAGUGCGCUUAAACAACACCAUCUCAUUCACAGCGGAGAGAAGUCGUUUCACUGUUUACAGUGUGGAAAGAGUUUUAGUCAACAGAAGGCUCUCAAUUUACAUCAGCGCAUUCACACUGGAGAAAAACCGUAUCCAUGCUUAGAGUGUGGGAAGAGCUUCAGUCGACCAGAAAGUCUCUACAAUCACCACCGCAUUCACACUGGAGAGAAGCCAUAUCACUGCUCAGAGUGUGGGAAGAGCUUCACCCAACUGACUCAUUUCCACAAACACCAGAAUAUUCACACAGGAGAGAAACCGUAUCACUGCUCACAGUGUGUGAGGAGCUUCAGUAGGCAGGAUACCCUCCAGAAACACCAGCGCAUUCACACGGGAGAGAAACCGUAUCACUGCUCAGAGUGCGGAAACAAAUUUAAUCAAAAGAGUCAUCUCAAAGCACAUCAGCGCAUUCACACAAGAGAAAAACUGAAUCAGUGCACGGAAGAAAAAGAAGAAGAAGAACAACAGAUUCGUGCAGCUGCUGAGGUUCAGGUGACUAAACUUUAUAUUUUUUCUCCAGAGAACAUAAUGCAAACAAGAGGGUCCAGUAUCCAACAAAAGGUUAACGUUUACUGCUGCUCAGUUUGUGAAAAGAGUUUUAUGAACCAGAGCAUGCUCCAAACACACCUGUGUAUUUCCCAGUCUGAUCAUCUCCAGGAUGACCAAAGCAUUCGCCAAGGAGAAAAAACGUAUCACUGCGCACAGUGCGGAAAGAGCUUCCGUCAACAGAAUAAUCUCUGGCAACACCAGCGGAUUCACACAGGAGAGAAGCCGUAUUGCUGCUCGCAGUGUGGAAAGAGCUUCAGAAGACAUUACGCUCUGAAACAACACCAGCACAUUCACACUGGAGAAAAACCAUAUCACUGCUCACAGUGUGGAAGCAAAUUUACACAAAAAAGUAAUCUCAAAGCACACAAGCGCAUUCACACUGGAGAGAAGCCGUAUUACUGCUCACAGUGCGGAAAAGAAUUUACUCAAAAAAGUAACCUUAAGGCACAUCAGCGCAUUCACACUGGAGAGAAGCCAUUUUACUGCUCACUGUGUGGAAAGAGCUUCAGUCAACUGUGCACUUUGAAAGAACACCAGCGGAUUCACAAUGGAGAGAAGCCGUUUGUCUGCAUAGAGUGUGGAAAAAGAUUUACUCACGCAAAUGUGCUUAAAAAACACCAUCUUAUUCACAGUGGAGAAAAGUCGUUUCACUGUUUACAGUGUGAAAAGAGUUUUAGUCAACAGAAGGCUCUCAAUUUACAUCAGCGCAUUCACAGUGGAGAAAAACCGUAUCCAUGCUUAGAGUGUGGGAAGAGCUUCAGUCGACCAGAAAGUCUCUACAAUCACCACCGCAUUCACACUGGAGAGAAGCCGUAUCACUGCUCAGAGUGUGGGAAGAGCUUCACCCAACUGACUCAUUUCCACAAACACCAGAAUAUUCACACAGGAGAGAAACCGUAUCACUGCUCACAGUGUGUGAGGAGCUUCAGUAGGCAGGAUACCCUCCAGAAACACCAGCGCAUUCACACGGGAGAGAAACCGUAUCACUGCUCAGAGUGCGGAAACAAAUUUAAUCAAAAGAGUCAUCUCAAAGCACACCAGCGGAUUCACACAGGAGAGAAGCCGUAUUGCUGCUCGCAGUGUGGAAAGAGCUUCAGUAGACAGUACACUCUGAAACAACACCAACGCAUUCACACUGGAGAAAAACCGUAUCACUGCGCACAGUGUGGAAAGAGCUUCCAUAAUAAGGAUCAUCUCCGGCAACACAUGCGCAUUCACACCAGAAAGAAACUAUAUCACUGCUCACAGUGUGGAAGCAAAUUUGCACAAAAAAGUAAUCUCAAAGCACACAAGCGCAUUCACACUGGAGAGAAGCCGUAUUACUGCUCACAGUGCGGAAAAGAAUUUACUCAAAAAAGUAACCUUAAAGCACACCAGCGCAUUCACACUGGAGAGAAGCCAUUUUACUGCUCACUGUGUGGCAAGAGCUUCAGUCAACAGUACACUUUGAAAGAACACCAGCGGAUUCACAAUGGAGAGAAGCCGUUUUUCUGCAUAGAGUGUGGAAAAAGAUUUACUCACGCAAGUGCGCUUAAACAACACCAUCUCAUUCACAGCGGAGAGAAGUCGUUUCACUGUUUACAGUGUGGAAAAAGUUUUAGUCAACAGAAGGCCCUCAAUUUACAUCAGCGCAUUCACACUGGAGAAAAACCGUAUCCAUGCUUAGAGUGUGGGAAGAGCUUCAGUCGACCAGAAAGUCUCUACAAUCACCACCGCAUUCACACUGGAGAGAAGCCGUAUCACUGCUCAGAGUGUGGGAAGAGCUUUAGUAGGCAGCAUACCCUCCAGAAACACCAGCGCAUUCACACGGGAGAGAAACCGUAUCACUGCUCAGAGUGCGGAAGCGAAUUUAAUCAAAAGAGUCAUCUCAAAGCACAUCAGUGCAUUAACACUGGAGAAAAACCAAAUCAGUGCACAUAAUCACAAGGUUGGCACAACCCUUGGUUCAGUAGAUAAUGGCAAGGUUGGAAUUUGUACAUUAAAUUAAACUCUUUUCAUCAUCGCCAAUAAUAAGAAAACACACAUCUCCAGAAAUUUAUUCGCAAAUGUGAUAAAUAAGGCAGUACGGUGGUGUAGUGGUUAGCACUGUCGCCUUGCACCUCCAGGGUCUGGGUUCGAUUCCCGGCCAGGCUCGAUUCCCAUCUCUGUGUGCAUGGAGUUUGCAUGUUCUCCCCGUGCUUGGUGGGUUUCCUCCGGGUACUCCGGUUUCCUCCCACAUUCCAAAGACAUGUAGGUUAGGUUAAUUAACAUUCCCAAAUUGCACGUAUGUGUGUGUAUGUGUGUGUGGCCUGCGAUGGAUUGGCACCCUUUCCAGGGUGUACCCUGCCUCGUGCCCUAAGUCUCCCGGGAUAGGCUCCAGGUCCCCGCGACCCUAAAGACAGGAUAAAGCGGUAUAGAAGAUGAGUGAGUGAGUGAUAAAAUUAUUGCAAACUAAGAAGAUAUAUGUAACCAUUAUAAUAAUAAACUCCAAAAUAAACACCUAGUACUCUUAGCAAGGUGGAUGAAAAUAAAUGCAUGAAAACAAA